UGCAUCAGUUACAGUUCUUAGGCCUUUACGGAUUAACUCAUUAAUCAUCACAACUACCCUGUGAGGUGAUUAGUAUUUAGAGUCCAUUGUAGAGAGGAGGAACUGAGGCAAAAGAGGUUAAUCCUCUUUAAAAUGUUAGUCCCCCCUUUCCCAGGCAGCUGCGGAAGAUGGCGGAGGUACAGGUCCUGGUGCUCAAUGGUCGACGCCAUCUCCUGGGCCCCCUGGCGGCCAUCGCAGCUAAACAGGUACUGCUGGUCCAGAAGGUGGUGGUCCUAUGCUGCCAAGGUAUCAAUAUUUCUGGCAAUUUCUACAGAAACAAGUUGAAGUACCCGGCUUUCCUCUGCAAGCGGAUGAACACCAACACUUCCAGAGGCCCCUACCACUUCCAGGCCCCCAGCCGCAUCCUCUGGCAGACCGUGCGAGACUUGCUGCCGUGCGAGAUCAAGGGAGGGCAGGCCGCCCUGGACCGCCUCCAGGUGUUUGACGGCAUCCCACCGCCCUACGACAAGAAAAAGCGGAUGGUGGUUACUGCUGCCCUCAAGGUCGUGUGUCUGAAGCCUACAAGAAAGUUUGCUUGUCUGGGGUGCCUGGCUCAGGAGGUUGGCUGGAAGUACCAGGCAGUGACAGCCACCCUAGAGAAGAGGAAAGAGAAAGCCAAGAUCCACUACCGGAAGAAGAAACAGCUCAUGAGGCUACGGAAACAGGUUGGGAAGAAUGUGGAGAAGAAAAUUGACAAAUACACAGAGGUCCUCAAGACCCACUGACUCCUGGUCUGAGUCCAGUAAAGACUGUUAAAUCUUCAUGCGUGGCCUGCCCUUCCUCCAUCGUUGCCCUGGAAUGUGCGGGACCCAGGGGCAGCAGCAGUCCAGGUGCCACAGGCAGCCUGGGACAUAGGAAGCUGGCAGCAAGGGAAGGGUCUUAGUCACUGCCUCCUGAGGUUGCCUGAAAGCUCUCAGAGAAUUGUGGAGGUGUCAUUUAUCUAUGACCAGUAGGAAGAGCAACCAGUUACUGUUAGCAAAAGGGAGCCAGAAGAGGGGUUGGAGGGCCCUGCCUUGUGAGUGGGGGCAUCUGUUGGACUUUCCACCUGCUCAUGUACUCUGCAGCUGUUAGAAUGUGCAAGCGCUUGGGGACAGCAUGAGCUUGGUGUUGUACACACGGUAUUUCUAGAAGCAGAAAUAGACUGGGAAGAUGCGCAACCAAGGGGUUACAGGCAUUGCCCGUGCUCCUCACCUGCAUUUUGUAAUAAGAAAUAAAUUGCUUUUAAAGAAAGAAAGAAAAAAA